AUGUGGAGCAGGGUCUGGACAGAUGCACUUGUAGAGGGCCUCCCAAGGCGGCCACGCCAGGGCUUAGACGUUCCCCCAGACGGCGGUCCAGGCCGGGCCCUGAUGACAAUGUGGCUGCGUCGACAAAUCAUGAGACGCCAGUUUGCUACCCAGACUGAAAGAGUUCACACAUUGGCUUUGGGAUACGAGCCAUCAUUACGGAACCCUGACCAAGGAGAAGAAGACGAAAACAACGACAACAUGCAAGCUGGCGGAUGCUUGGCAGACCUAACCACGCCCGUGGGAUUUUUGAUGGCGGCAAUCGCGCAGCCAUGGGAGCCGGCCCAAGGCGGAUUGGACUGCGCAGCGUCGAGGCGUGUUGGCGGAUGCUGGCCUAUAUCUCAGCCUUAG